AUGCGGUUCCGCGUCGCGUACAUCCCGCUGCCGGACGUGGGCGAGGAGGGCGGCGCGGCGGGCAUGGGGCUUAUGUACGAGAAGGGCAAGGCGUGGAUGCUCGCCAACUCCUCGCAGAUCCUCUCGCGCUUUGCGGCGCCCGCCACUGCCGCCGCCGCCAUCGCCAAGGGCGCGGGCGGCGCGGUCGGGGGUGCGGGGGGGAACGGCACGGCGUGCCAGAACGACACGUGCGUGUGCCCCGCCUUCUACAGCGGCUCUGAGUGCCUCAAGGAGCAGGAGCUGGCGUCGUUCCCCGGGCUGGCGGGCGUGGCGGCGCAGUAUGUGGGCGACGUGGUGGUGAACCGGCACAACAUGGAGGGCCACCGCUGGCUGCAAGGCUUCGCGACGCCCGCCAUGCUCCGCCUCGUCGCGCAAGACCCCGAACUCGCUGAUGCCUCCGCUGCCGCCGCCGCUGCUCACGCGAGGGGCGAGGUGACGGACGUGCUGCCGGCGGGGCAGGCGUUCAACUCGUGUGCGGUGGUGGGGGCGGGCGGGGCGCUGCUGGGCAUGCAGCUGGGCCGCGAGAUCGACUCGCACUCCGCCGUGCUGCGCUGCAACCGCGCCCGCACCCGGGGCUUCGAGGAGCAGGUGGGGCGGCGCACCAACUUCAGAGUCACCGACUACUACAGCUGGGGCUUCCAGGAGCGCGAUGAGAAGGUGCUGGUGCCCAUAGUAUCGCACACCACCGCACAGGGCCUCGUCACGGCGCGCAAGCGGUCAUACACGGUACAGACGUACCCCAUCCACCCGUCCUUCAUGCAGUACGUGACGAGGAACGCCGGCCACGCGCCCACCGCGGGGUUCAUAGCCGUCAUGGUGGCGCUGCAGCGCUGCCAGCACAUCACACUCUAUGGCUUCACUGUCAGUGGGGAGGGGGAGUGGGACGGCGUGCAUGUGGACGUGACAAAGCGCGAGCGGCUGUGGCCCGACUUCCCCACUGACUCCAACGACACUGCCAUCAGCUUCACAGAACCGUGGAAACACAAGGACAAGAAGAAGAAGAAGAAAAAGAAGAAGACGACGCCGGGGCAGGGCAACGAUGGGGGGAAGGAGGGUGUGAAGGCGGAGGGGAGGGAUGGGGUUGCGGGAGAUGCUGUGGGGGAGGGGAAACAGAAGAAGGAAGAGGUGACGUCAGGUGGGACGCAGGGGAGUGAUGGGAGUGGAGCCUCGGAGAAGGAAGGAGGAGAGCAGGGCCAGGUGGGUGGAGGGAAGGAGACGACGAGCACACGUGUGACGCAAACAGACAGGCAGCAGGAUGGCGUUUCAAAGGAAGGUAGAUCCUCUGCUGCUGCUGCUGUGCAGUCAGAGGUGAAAGGGGGUGGGAAUGGGGGAGAAGGCACAGGUAAGGGGAUAGCAGCUGGGGCAGGAGGGGAGAAGAAGAAGAAGGCAUCAGUUGGUCCGGGUGCAGCGUCAGCUGGUUCGGGGGCAGCGUCAGGUGGUUCGGGGGCAGCGUCAGCUGGUUCGGGGGCAGCAUCAGCUGGUUCGGGGGCAGCGUCAGCUGGUUGGGGGGCAGCGUCAGCUGGUUCGGGUGCAGCAUCAGCUGGUUCGGGUGCAGCGUCAGCUGGUUCGGGUGCAGCGUCAGCUGGUUCGGGUGCAGCGUCAGCUGGUUCGGGUGCAGUGUUAGCUGGUUCGGGUGCAGCAUCAGCUGGUUCGGGUGCAGCAUCAGCUGGUUCGGGUGCAGCAUCAGCUGGUUCAGUGGAAGGGUCGAGGGCAGCAGCAGCCUCAGCAGGGCGGGGAGCAGUGGCUGGUGAUUCGGGAGUGCAACAGCAGGGAGCAGCAGCGGCAGCAGGAAGCAGAGGAGGGGGAUCAGGGAAGGUCAAGGCAGUGGUGGGGGCGCAUGGGGCUGCGGAGAGUAAAAGCACGCGCACCACAGGUGCAGGGCAGCAGGUGGCAGUGCCAGUAACAGCAAAGCAGCCCCGUCACGAGCCUGAAGGAAAGGUUGGGGCCAAGGGACAUGUGAGCAGUGGUAAGGAGAGUAGGAGUGCAGAGGUAGUGGGUAGCAAGCAGGCAGCUGGAGGCAGAGAGGCGGUAGAGAGGCUCCUGCAGCAGCUGCAAAAAACAGUGGAGGAGGUGGUAAAGAAGAAGCACCCAUGGGAGGUGGGAGUAAAGGGCAGGUAG